CGUGCGAUUAAAAGGGUUGCUUGACCGCUUAAUGUCGUGUUUAUCUUUUCAUUCUUCUCACCUCAUUCUUACGUUCUUUAUUUCGUAUGUUUUCGGGUGAAUGAGUCGGUGACCAUGGCCCUGAAGCAGAAUGGAGGCGCUCAUUUGAGUAGCGAUAUUGACUUUAUCCCAACACCCAAAGCGCCCGCUGACGUACUCUCUACUGGCAAGAAUCCGGGCGUUCCUUUGACCAAUUCUCCCGCUAUUAAAAACGCUCCCCUCCCAGCCGACGGCCCCGGAUACGAACAAUGGUCCAACAUCUUCCUCGGUGUCGCUCUCUACGGCGUUCCCCAAUGGCUCUCAUGGAAACUCGGAGGCGGGUUUAAGCUUGCACUUUUCCUCGCCAUCUUCACCACUGUCCCUGUGCUAGUCGUCAUUUGGACUUUCAUGUCCAAAUUGAGCCCGCGAAUCAACGAUAAAGUCCAUUUGCCCGGCCGACCGAUCGAGUUCUAUCUCACUUUCAAAACCGACCAGCUUCGCGCGCGAUACACAGGCCGGCAUAAAGUCCCCAUGAGUAAAUUUUUUGAGCUUUACUUCACUGGCCAGGUCGAUCUUAACGCCGACGCCCUCGAAGUAUUUGAGUAUCGACAUGAUUGGGCGACGUUUAAUUUCACCAGCGAGACGUUUAACUACAUUUUAUUCACUUUCUUCCCCGAUGUCAUUCUUCAUCUGCGCUCGCAGGAUGAAGAGCAAGUUCGCACGAAUUAUGACAGCGGAAACGACCAUUACGCUUGGUUUCUGGGCCCACGAAUGAUAUACACCUCCGGCAUAAUCUCAGACCCCGACCGCGAAGAAACACUUGAAGAAAUGCAAGACAACAAACUCGCUAUCGUCUGCGAAAAAAUUAACAUUAAACCCGGCGACCGAGUCCUCGACAUUGGCUGCGGAUGGGGUACCUUGGCCAAAUUCGCGAGCUUGAACUACGGCGCCAACGUCACAGGUGUUACUCUCGCGAGGAAUCAAGUCCAAUGGGGAAACGAUGGGUUGAGAAAAGCGGGUGUGAGCGAGGAGCAGAGUAGACUUUUAUGCUGUGAUUAUCGUGAUAUUCCGGAGCAAAAGUUUGAUAAGAUCACGCAGCUUGAGAUGGCGGAGCAUGUUGGCGUGAGGCGGUUGACGGGGUUCUUUCGUCAGUGUUAUGAGAUGCUGGAGGAUGAUGGGGCGAUGUAUGUGCAGUUGUCGGGGCUGAGAAAGGCGUGGCAGUAUGAGGAUUUCAUUUGGGGCUUGUUCCUGAAUAAGUAUAUCUUCCCUGGGGCUGAUGCAUCGACGCCGUUGUCCUUUUACGUUGGAUGUCUUGAAAGCGCUGGAUUCGAGGUCAAGAGUGUUGACACUGUUGGCGUUCAUUACUCCGGAACACUCUGGCGAUGGUACAGAAACUGGCUUGGAAAUGCUGAAAAGGUCAAAGCCAAAUAUGGCGUACGGUGGUUCCGCAUCUGGGAGAUUUUCCUGGCUUAUUCCACCAUCGCAUCCCGUCAAGGUUCGGCUACGUGCUUCCAGAUUGUGGUUGUCAAAAACCUCAAUUCGACACAGCGCAUCAACGGUGUUUACUCUCAGUAUGGUUUGCAAGGAGCUCUUGAGGCGGCUCGAGCUGCUGGAAAGGCUGUUCUGCCUAAGUGAUGGGCCUUGGUUGGAGGGGCGUGAACCUCAGUGGUAUGAAAACGCUUGCGGGUUGAUUUUUUGUUGGUAGCUAGGGUGAAUAUUUUAUGAAUGGUUUUGGCGGUGUUUCUUUACAUCUGUGAAUUCAGUAUGCCACUAGCUAAUGGAGGACCUGGUAGUUUGGAGAGUCAUCAUCUUGAUUUUAUAAUCUUUUAACGCCUCGA